CAUCCUCCUCACCAUGCCCGAGGCGACGUACGUGCCGCCCGAGCAGCAGUCCGCCGAGGACCUGCGCUACAUGCGCGAGGCCCUCGCCAUGGCGCAGGAGGCCUUUGAUGCCGCAGAGAUCCCUGUCGGCAGUGUCUUUGUGCGCAACGGCGAGAUCAUUGCAAAGGCGCGGAAUCGCACCAACGAACUGAUGAAUGCAACGCGGCACGCCGAGCUCGAGGCAAUCGACUACAUCCUCUCCAUCUUCCCUCCCUCCUCCGACUCCUUCGCCGUCUCGCCGCACGCGCAGGCGGCGGGCGAGAAUCCGUUUGCAGACACGACGCUCUACGUCACCGUCGAGCCGUGCAUCAUGUGUGGCUCGGCGCUGCGCCAGGUGGGCAUCAAGCGCGUCGUGUUUGGCGCGGGCAACGAGCGCUUCGGAGGCAAUGGCAGCGUGCUGGCGGUGCAUAAUGAUCCCGCUCUGAUCAAUGCGCCGCCAUACGAGGCACUCGGCGGCUACUACCGCGCCGAGGCCAUCAUGCUGCUGCGGCGCUUCUAUCUCAGCGAGAAUGCAAACGCGCCGAACCCAAAGUCCAAGGCGCAUCGCACACUCAAGACCGAGAUCCAACCGCCCGGUGUAUCGAUGCACGGCCCAGCCGGGCCUUCCAAGAAGCUCGCCCGCACCCUCCGCGGCACCUCGUCGCCCGCCGCUUCCUCUGCAAGCUCGCGCGCACAGACGCCCGUCAACGACGGCAGCGGCGGCGCUGGCGCCGCGAAGGAAGUGGCUGAGGUCAGCGAUGGCCAAAGGCGGGGCCGAAGCACCGAGGAGGAAGCCUCGGCGAGAGAAGCGCGGAAUGAGGGCGGCAAGGAGGGAGAAGAGCAAGAAGCAAGUCAGGCUUGAUGCCAGCUCCUGCCGGUCACGUUUCCCGCCUCCAUCUCGACUCUCAGCUCGCUGCCAUUGCGCCAUGCUCCUUCUCGCAUACGUCACUUCUGUAGCAUCACCUCGCGCCCCUCUCCCCGUCACCCGUCAUCUACAGCACGCAUCGCCGUGGGCAUGCAUUAGACCCCGAUUCCAUUUUGGUGCGAGGUGACUGAUCUACC